AUAAUGCAGUAACUUAAAACAGAGGUGUCUAACUUACUCCCCUCACGCUAGUAACUCGGAAACAGCGUUCCCCCACUAUCGCUGCUCAAGAAGCUGUCCGAGAUUGUGUAUGCAAGCAGUUCUAUGUAGUGUUCUAUCAAAACAUGUAACAGUAGAAUUUGGAGAGGGUAACGUCUCGUGAGGGGAGUGUCACUAGAGCGCCCGCAGGCACCGAUUUAGACACCCUCGUCAUAAGCGAAUGCAAGGGAUAUAAAACAUACUAACGACGCAAUUAUGUGUACAAUAUAAAUGUCUAUUGAACAGUUUUACCAAUUGCAAUACAAUUAACCUGUUAAUCGUUAUAUGAUUCGAUAAAAGAAUUUUUAAUUGCAGACCAACUACAUAUGUGGUGGUAGAGCACUUGUUAGCCUGUAUUAGAAUCGACUGUAAUCGACGAGAGUCCGAUUGAUCGAUAUGGUUUCGCGUGUAGUAGUGUGUGCGUACGAUGAAACACGAACACUAGGAUGACGGCGGAUACAUUGACGCACCUAACAAGGGUUUUUGGCUCGUGGUGAAUGAAAGGGUGAAAAAGUAGUGUUCGAAAGUUAAUAAAAGUAUUGGAUAACAUGUUCAUGCGUAUACAUUCGAGGUGGGCUCAUUGGUGGACUCUACCCAUUCGUCUGGUCUCGUUAUCGCAUGUUAUGUGAAGAGAGGCAAGUGCGUCAGGUGUAUGGCGGCCUAUGGGUGCAACAAAGACAGGACGCGUGGGAAGAUCAGGGAAGUAAGAGGAAAAAGCACUCACCGAGGAAACGGUUGCAAGUAAACGAACUGAAACAGAUCGUGAAAAGUAAGAGAAAAAGUCGGUGAUUAGGAUGGAUGAAUGUAUGCUGAACGAUUUGCUGGAGUGUUCGGUAUGCCUCGAGCGACUAGAUACGUCGAGCAAAGUACUCCCAUGUCAACACACCUUUUGCAAAAAAUGUUUAGAGGAGAUCGUUAGCACCCAUCGAGAACUGCGCUGCCCCGAAUGUCGUGUGUUAGUCGACGCUAAAGUCGAUGAUUUACCACCGAAUGUACUACUGAUGCGUAUCCUCGAGGGAAUGCGCAAUGCUGCUCCCAAGCAAACAGCUAAAUCUAUGAUUAAAAGCAAUCCAGGACCGCAGAGACUAUUCGGUGGUCACCAGGUUACUCCGGCUCCUACAGUAACUGCCAGUCUUAUUCCUACUACGUAUACGAACGAGCCGAUUCGACAUGUGAAUGCUACAGCUAAACAAAUUCAACUGCACAAUCGGGCUUACGGUCGAGCAAUCUACGAUUAUGUAUCCAAAGUUCCAGGAGACUUAUCUUUUAAAAAGGGUGAUAUCGUCAUUCUUUGUAAAAAGAUAGAUAACAAUUGGUGUUUUGGGGAAAGUGCUAACAAUCAUGGGGUUUUUCCUCUUUCUUAUGUUCAGGUAAUGACACCAUUGACACCACAUGUUCCUCAGUGCAAAGCGCUGUAUGAUUUUAGAAUGACCAACGACGAUGAAGAUGGCUGCCUUACAUUUAAUAAGGGUGAAGUUAUUAGUGUGAUUAGAAGAGUUGAUGAAAAUUGGGCAGAAGGAAAGCUAUUAGACAGAAUUGGUAUCUUUCCACUGGCUUUUGUAGAAUUGAACAGUGUGGCCAGAGCUUUAAUGAAACUUUCAACAAAUGCACAGCCAGGUCCAUCUAGAGUAGCACCUCCUACCCCAACUAAUGAAGAAACUACACCCUUAAUACCAACUGACCAUUCACGUAACAUACAAACAACGAGUCAACCACGACCCCAACUUGUACAGAAUACAACUUUACCAGUUUCUGAUACUAUUUCAAAUGUAUCAUCAGGAGGAAGCUCCUCAACCACGACUCCAAAUACUCCUAACAGUUCAAGUACUUCUAGUAGUUCCAGCACUGCACCAAGCAGUCCUAGUAGUCCAGCAACAUCUCCUCCGGCAGUUGGAAAUAGACAUAAUGUCAAACGUCACAGUUUCACCGCUGUUAACAUGGGUCAUCAGGCCCAUCCUCAUCACAGACACAGCGCUGAAAUACUUAGUCCUCCCGUGGAUAACGCAGCCGGAAAUAGCAACAGUAGCUGCAGCAGUGACUCAUUUUCACCGUUACAAACUGCUGUAAGUGGCACGGAACACAAUCUUCGACACAGGCGAAGUGGCAGUAGCGAUCUUGUUCUUGCACAAACAUCCCAGAAUUUAUCUACAACUACGGCUACUGGAAGCGCGCAUUUACCAGCAGCAUACAUAGCUUUAUAUCCGUAUAAACCACAGAAGGCAGAUGAACUGGAAUUAAGGAAAGGCGGUAUUUAUAUGGUAACAGAACGUUGUCAAGAUGGAUGGUUCAAAGGAACUUCUAAUCGUACCCAGAAGUGUGGCGUAUUUCCUGGAAACUAUGUUGCGCCCGCUAAAUGUCAGCGUAGUUUAUGCCGCGGAUCACAAAACCCUGGACAACAUCAAAACUUUCCUUCAUCUACCGUUCAAAAUAACUCUGAACCACGAGUUACCGUAACAUACACUAAAAGUAAAGGACCUGCUCCUCAACCCUAUAAUUCACGUACCUUGUUACCACCUGAAUUACCACCGCGCGCUAUCAGUCCAUCCUCUAUAGUAUCUUCGUCUUGGCAUGGUCAAAGUCAAACUCAAAAUCAGGAAAAAAGUCCUCCUCGGCAAAACGAGCAAAAUUCAGUGAAUCCUCUUGGGCGUAGUCACAGUGCUGUGAUGACAUCGAGUAUUUCCUCACCAGGAAAGCAAAUAAUUUUGCCAUCAUCGGUAACUACCACUACCACCACCAUAACAGGCGUCAACACCAGCAGUAUUAUUGCAACUGCUUCUGCCACUGUAACUGAAAUGAAUAGAAGCCCAAAUAGUACUUUGCGCACAGUUGCGUCUCCGUCUUCUGCCAGUGCUAUUGCCGCUGCGGCUCCACCAAAGAGCACUGAAAAGCAGAAAGAGAAAAAAGAUAAGUGUGUCUCCUUAAUGCGACGAUUAACGAAUAUUAAAAAAUCAAAAUCUCCACCACCUGCUACAUAUUCAAUGGAUAAUCCCGUAUUUGACGAUGGUAAUUCCAUCAAUCCGGUACAUGUUCGAUCGGGAUCUUGUCCAAGUCAGUUGCUACAGGUGGGAGCCACACAGGAAUUAAAUGCUUCAAACAACCAUCAUCGUUUGUGUCCAGGCUCUGUACAAGGGCACGUCACGUCUUCACAAAGACUUAAGUACAAGGAGAGACCAUCUUUACCGGUCUCGAUUCUCCAGAGAUCCAGUGAGUCUGGUGGAAUGAUGUGCACAACGGUCGGAAAUCAUCACCGUAAGAGUAACUCCUUAGAUGCUGGUAUGGGGAAACAGACAAAGCAGCAAUCUUCUCGAGAACGUGAACGAGUGUACAGAUUUCGCUGCAUUGUGCCAUAUCCACCAAACAGUGAAUUCGAGCUAGAACUUCGUGUAGGAGAUAUAAUCUAUGUACAUAAGAAGCGUGAUGACGGUUGGUACAAAGGUACCCAACAAAGAACAGGUCGCACGGGACUGUUUCCAGCAAGUUUCGUCGAGGCCUUCUGAGAUACAACACAAAGCCAUUUUGUACUAGAAACCUGUAUAUAAUUCUGCACAAAAUAAUCGGAAACCACUAUCUGUGGGUUUCCUUUCGACUUUGUUAGAGGUAUGACUGUCGGUACAAGGGUAAGUGAACAAUUUCGAUAGUGAAAUUGUUUGAUUCUGCAGUGCGUAAAAGAUAUCGAAUAUACACUUGUAUAUUACAUACAGUACGUUUAUGCGAUCUUUUGUCGCGGGUAUGGAAUAAGAUAAUUUUUUUGAAUGGUAAUACGUAUUAAGUGUGCUAAAGUAAUAUAAAAUAUUUACUGCCAUUGGUCUUACAUUAAACAAAAGAACUAGUAAGAAAUUAUGAGAUUGUGCUAUAUCGAUACUGCCAUUUAAACAAAAAUAUUUUGUAAAAAAUAUUAAUACUCUAUUAUUUGUAUGAAUAUGAAAUUAACUUCAUAAUUCAUCGUACAAUCAUUUGUAUGAUCCAUGAAGUUAAUUUUAUACAUUUAUAGUGAAAAUCUUCGUUCAUAUAUUCUAUUCGAAUGAUAAGAAAGUCAGCUAAAAACAUGUUUCUUUUAAUCCAUGACAUUAUGCAAUUUUUUGUUACUCUUGCCCGAAAUUUUACUUUUUCAUAGAGAAGAAUUGUUGAUUAAGUAUCAGUUUGAAGCACAAACGACAGACUGACAUCGUUAAAAUUGAUUCUUUCCAGAAUGUAACUUUAAAGAAAUUUAUACAUUACAUUUUGUGAUAUUAUUGAGUUAUAUGUAACAUAUUGUUUUCAAAUACUUUUAUCAUUAUACCACUACUAUCUCGAUACAAACAGUUUUAACAGAACAAUCUUCUAUAAAUACGUUUUAUGUUUUCAAUUUUAUGUAUAUAAUAGGAUAUAAAAGUUUUAUAGAAUGUGUUAUGUCUUUAUUGUUAAAAUAUCGUCUCUCUAUACGAAUACAUAUCUUAAGAAAUGUAAUAAUUUCCAAUUUAUGGGAAGACAUGAAGUGACAAUUUAAUUAAGAAUGCAAUUGUCAAAGACUGGCCUAUACUUCUGCACAACCAUUGACGUUUCAGUUCAAUAGAUUCCAAUAACGAUCGAGCGAUAUAUUUUAUUAAUUCUAAGAAAAAUGUUCUUAUAUCUGCAUUAUAUUAUAGGAGGGCAUACAUCCUUUUUCUUACUUACACAAUGCAUGUAUAAGUUCGUACAUGAUGGGAAGUUACAAAGCAAGCUGUUCCAUAUAAAACAGUAAAAAAAUGUAUAAAGAUAAAUUGACGUGCUUCCAAAGGCCCAAUAACGAUCAGUAUUUAGGUGCAAAUUUAUGUUAAUUUCCUAUUAGGUAUGUUACCUACAAUCAUGCACAAACAUUUGUAAGUAACUCUAUACAUGUCAGCAUUAUUAUUCUGAUAGUAAAUAUUUACUUUAAAUUGAUGCUUAUGGUUCAUAGGAUAAUACGGAUAUAUAAAUACUAAAUAAUUGUAGAAAAUUUAAUAACUUCAGUGUGCAUUCAUAAGUCUGAUCAUGUAUUAUCUCUCUAUAUAUAAUGUAAUUUAUUUAAUUUAUAUAUUUGUGUUUCACAAACACUGCAAUAAACUGUUUUAUAGAUGUUUACUAUUAUAAUACAUCUUCAUACAUACAUGUGUAUAUAUAUAUUUAUAUAUACAUAUAUAUACAUAUAUAUAUACGUGUAUUCUAUAUAUUCAUAUAUAGAAUAUAUAAUAGAAUACAGAGGAAGAGAAAAGUGGAUAAAAGGUAAAACAGUAUCAUACUUAUACUAUCAAUGAGGAAAUUGAUAGUUAAAUAAAUCAUUUUCUUCUGCUGCAGCUAUACUUAUAUUUUAAUGUAAUUUUUUUUCUUCUUAUCAACACAUUUCAAUGUCUAAUACUCUUAAAUUUCAAUUGGUAGUUUCUUCAUACUUCUUAAAAUAUGCUUAUACUUUUUUUUCUCUUCCUCUGAUAUUAGGAAAAAAUAUAUCUCCAUAUUCAGUAGUAUACACUUCAUAAAAGAGUAUUUAUAUGUAUGUGUUUUAUAUAACAUCGGUAUAGGUAAUUUAUUAUUAAUAACAAUAACACUUUCUAAGGGAAAUAUUACUUCAUUAUAAUAGACCAAUUUCAAACAAUAAAUACAGAAAUAUGCGUUUAAAAAUACUAAAACUGGACAGCACAUAAAACAUACAGUAUGUGUAUUUAUUGGAUGUUUAUUCCAUUUUAACUUCAAACAUGUUAUUGGCACUUACAAAUCAGCAACAGUCGAUAAUCCUUUAGAAUUGUAAAUAAAAUAUGACAAAAGAAAUAAAAACUUUACGCGCAAUUUGCAAUGAUGUUGUAUAACAAAUAGCAAAAUUGUAAUUAUUAUUCCCGAAUUUCUAUAACAUACAAUUUUGCUAUAAAAUGGAGCUUAUAGUUGAACACUUGUAGGCAUGAUGCUCGUAUACACUUUUCAAAAUUAGUAAUCUAAACAUAAAUUUAAGUAACUUCUAUGUAAACAAUAUGCAAGUCAAGUCAACAAUUUCUAUUAAGUGCAGUAUAGGAUCUUGAAUCCUUCUAGAAUAGAUGUCCAUUAUUAGUUUCAUGUGUUACUUAAUACUUUCUACUUUGUUAUAAAAUUACGAUACUGUAUCGAGUCCGUCUUUAUAUUAUACCCAGCGUAAAUUACCAUAAAAUUACUAUUUAAGUAACAAAUAAAAGGUGUAAUAAAAUUCUACAAAUACCUAUUGUAAAAUGUGACAUUUAUAAAUGAAUUCUUUUUUCCCUACUAUAAUCAUGUAAGUAAUUCAUUGCUAAUAAAUUUUCUGUACCUGAAAAAUGUAUGAUUUAAAAAAUGUAUAACUGCAUAUUGUACGGUAUCAUAAAUACA